AUGGCUGUCCUUCGUGCUGAGAUGUUGGUUGCAGAUGCUGCUGUGCUGGAACCAGUUCUGGCUGAUGGGGAAAUUGACAAACAGGCGUCUGCAGACAUGGCAACCUUUGCUGGCGUGUCGGCGUUUGGUGACGUGGCGGAUAGGAAAACUGCGGUAGCUGAGGUGGCGCUGGGUCUGGCAGCAGCAGGCGCUACAGCACAGUUGCUGCAGGCAGCAAGGGCAGGAGCAGGGCAGGGGACAGUGGUGGCAGGGGGAGUGGCAGUGGUAGGGGGAGCAGCAGUGGGAGUGAGUGUAUUGGUGGCAGCAGGGAGGGUGGCCCACCAUGCAGUUACAACCAAUUGCCCGCUUCCACUUCCCCUCCUCCGCAACAUCGCUGCCGUCGCUGCCGUGCGUUCCCACUGCCACGACACUGUCGUCGCCGCCCCACCUUCCCGUGGCCGCGACAACGCCGUCGCCGCCCCGCUUCCCCGCCGCUGCGACAUCGCCGCCGUCGCUGCCGUGCCAGCCCCCGCCCCACUUCCCCGCCGCCGUGUUCCCCCCGUCGCUGCCAUUCGUUCCCCUCGCCGCGACGCUCCCGUCGCCACCGUUCGCUCCCCUUGCCGCGACCCUGCCGUCGCCGCCGCUCACUCCCCUCGUCGCGACGCUGCCGUCGCCGCCACUCGCUCCCCUCGCCGCGACCCUGCCGUAGCCGCCACUCGCUCCCCUCGCCGCGACACUGUCGUCGCCGCCGCUCUCUCCCCUCGACGCGACGCUUCCGUCGCCACCGCUCGCUCCCCUCGACGCGACGCUGCCGUCGCCGCCGUUCGCUCCCCUCACCGCAACCUCACCGUCGCCGCCUUACUUCCUCGCCGCCGUGCAUUCCCGUUCUCGCAACGCUCCGUCACCGCCCUGAUUUCCCGCCGCAGCGACUCCUGCCCACCUGCCCCCGCGACCUCGCUCCUCGCUGCCGCCUGCGCAUUCCCCCGCCGCCGCACAACCGCCUUGCCGUCGCGCUGCCAUGACCCCGAGCCACCUCCGCCCCCCCCUGUCGUCCCGCCGACACAGCCCACCAUCACCAGCAGCAUCAGCGGCCGCCUAUAG